AUGGCGGAAGAGGAGAGGGUGAAGCUGUUCGUGGGCCAAGUGCCGAAGCACACGACCGAGCCUCAGCUCCUCGCCAUGUUCAGAGACUUCGCUCUUGUGGACGAAGUCAACAUUAUCAAGGACAAGGUCACGCGCGCCUCCCGAGGUUGUUGUUUUGUGAUAUGCCCGUCAAGAGAGGAGGCUGAUAAGGCUGUAAGUGCCUGUCAUAAUAAGCAGACGCUGCCCGGGGCAGCUAGUCCACUGCAAGUGAAGUAUGCUGAUGGAGAGUUGGAAAGACUAGAGCACAAAAUAUUUGUUGGCAUGCUUCCGAAAAACGUUUCUGAAGCUGAGGUGUCUGAUCUAUUUUCGGAAUAUGGAACCAUUAAGGACUUGCAGAUUCUCAGAGGUUCCAUGCAAACUAGCAGAGGCUGUGCUUUUCUAAAAUUCGGAACUAGGGAACAAGCAGUUGCAGCAAUAGAAGCCUUAAACGGAAAGCAUAUGAUGGAGGGGUCAACUAUUCCGUUAGUCGUCAAGUGGGCCGACACAGAAAAGGAAAGACAGGCUCGAAAAGCUCAAAAAGCCCUCGCACAGUCUUCUAAUGCUCCAAUUGCAGACUUCAGGCAUCGUCCAUCCAUUUUUGGUGCUCUACCAAUGGGUUAUAUGCCUGCAUAUAAUGGAUAUGGUUAUCAGACUCCAGGGACUUAUGGACUCAUGCAUUAUCGGGUGCCACCAUUGCAGAACCAACACACGUUUUCCAAUUUGGUUCCACCUUUCAACUUAGCAAGCGGCAUUCGUGGAGUGGCAUCCGAUCUUUCAUCUGGAAUGGUACCGAGAAAUUAUGGAGGUUACAUCGGAUCUGCUUAUCCACCAACCCAUUACCCUGUAGGACUUCUCAACAGUCGCCAAUUUUGUCCCACAUCGCCUUCUGCUGCCGACACAGAGUCUGCAGCAUUUUCAAGUGUUGGAACAAGUUCUGAGGCUCAGAUUGAAGGGCCACCAGGAGCUAAUUUAUUUAUUUACCACAUGCCUCAAGAGUUUGCAGAUGAGGACCUUGCGAAUGCCUUUCAGCGUUUUGGUAGGGUAUUGAGUGCUAAGGUUUUUGUUGACAAAGCAACUGGCGUCAGCAAAUGUUUCGGUUUUGUCAGUUACGAUUCACCAGUUGCAGCACAAAAUGCAGUCAAUGCUAUGAAUGGCUUCCAGUUAGGUGGCAAAAAGUUGAAGAAGCAUAACCCAGAUGGGAAAAAGGGACUAAUAGGCCGGGCCAGUUCUAUUAAUCGAUGGGUCGUCGGGUUCCAGAAGUCUCAUGUUCGGAACGUGUAUUUACGCUUCCCCGUGAGCCCACUAACCGGAGCAUCAACCUCGAUUCUAAGUAGCCUGGUCUCGAAUGAAGUGUAUAUCUAUUUCAAGGUGUUUCAUUCUGGAAUGAUGAAAAGAGUUUUGUACUGCAGAGACAGCUCCAAGAUUAUCAAUCCAAAUGAUUGGAGUUUGUAUUUAUCUAAGGAUACAGCUACAUGUAUGGCUUUGUAUUUAUCUAAGGAUCCAUCUGAGAAGAGUUCAGUUUUGAAGAAUGAAAGCCCUUCAGCUCAGUGUUUCCACAUGAAGUUGAUCAGCUCGACGGGUAAUGAACCAUACAAAGUGUUCGACUAUCCGGUCACAGGCAUCGACCUACACCCCGCAGAGACCGACCUUUAA